UUUUUUAAGGAUACAUUUGGGAAGUAUGCAGAGAACUCUGAUGCGUUUAAUUAUGGCUCCGAGGAAAAGAAUAUCAACACUUAAUUUAUUACUCUCUUUAAUUCUGGUUUCAAUGAUUUGUUUUAUUUUAAUUCGUGAUUGGUUAACUACAAUAGAAGAACUUCCACCGGGUGAAGGAAGGACUUGGGCACCACAAAACAAAAGUUUAUUAAAUAAAAAGAAAGAAAUUGUUGGGAAAAGUGUAAAUAAAAAGGUUUUUGCGGCGGUUUUGCCUGUGAAGAAUAAAAAUGGUCCAGGUGAAAUGGGCAAUGGCGUGUUUUUAACAGGCAAAGAAGCAGUUCAGGGCACUGCGGACAUGAAAAAAUGGUUUAUGAAUGUUGCUGCUAGUGACAAAAUUUCUAUGGAUCGUUCAUUGCCAGAUGUCCGUAUUAAAGAAUGCAAAACAAAAAUUUAUGAUUUAAAUAAAUUACCAAAAACUUCGGUUGUUAUUAUUUUUACUGAUGAAGCUUGGUCUCCAUUAUUACGAACUGUCCAUUCUGUGAUUAAUAGAACACCUGAUAAAUUAUUGGAAGAAGUUUUGUUGGUUGAUGAUUUUAGUCAAAGAGACGAUCUCCACCAAAAUCUUGACAAUUACAUCAAACGAUUUAAUGGAAAAGUGCGCAUUCACAGAUUCAAAGAAAGGAAUGGUUUGAUUCGUGCAAAGUUAAACGGUGCAAAAUUAGCGCGUGGGGAAGUUGUUGUGUUUUUGGAUUCACAUUGUGAGGCAAAUAUUGGAUGGCUUGAACCAAUGCUUGAAAGAAUAAAAGAAAAGAGAACAGCAAUUGUAUGUCCUUCAAUAGAUAAUAUAAAUGCUGAAACUAUGGCAUAUACAAGUGGAGGUGAAAUUAAUUCUAUUGGAACGUUUUUCUGGUCUUUGCAUUUUCGUUGGGAUCCAAUCCCUGAAAGAAUUAAAAAAACUUUGAAAUCGGCUGCUGAUCCAAUUCCUUCCCCAACAAUGGCUGGAGGUUUAUUAGCUGCUAACAGAGAAUAUUUCCUUCAAGUUGGUGGUUAUGACCCUGGAAUGGAUAUUUGGGGUGGAGAAAAUUUGGAAAUAUCUUUUAGAGUUUGGAUGUGUGGAGGUUCAAUAGAAUUUAUUCCUUGUUCCCACGUCGGUCACAUCUUUCGAAGCGGCCAUCCUUACAACAUGACAGGUCCAGGCAACAAUAAAGACGUUCACGGGACAAAUUCUAAAAGAUUGGCGGAAGUUUGGAUGGAUGAUUAUAAAAGAUUAUAUUAUUUACAUAGAAGGGAUUUAAUUGGGAAGGAUGUUGGGGAUUUAAAUGAAAGGAAAAAAUUGAAAGAAAAAUUAAAAUGUAAAGAUUUUAAGUGGUAUUUGGAUAAUGUUAUUCCGGAAAAAUUCAUUCCUGAUGAAGAAGGUAUAUUGUCCAGAAUAGAAUUUUUAUGUUUUAGAAUAAACGUAAACACACAAGAAAUUAUUUUUGUCACCCCAAUCUUGAUAUGUCCGUCCCAAUAUGUUCGUACACCUUUUGGCUUUGAUUAUCCGCUGGUUGGGGGGAAAUUUUUGUUUAAACAUUCUAAAGUAAUCUAAAGUACAAGGGGUUUCCCCAAGACUUCUGAGACUUCCACAAACAUAGG